GAAGAGAACCUCUACUUUACUACAAAGAGAGAGAGAGACAGUGAUUUUGUUCUGCUAGAGAGGAGUUAUUUUGCUGCCUUUUGAUAUUUAUUGUGUCUCUUUCGUCCACUUACUGACAAAGCAUAACAAUCUUCCCGUUAUAUUUGAAUUGCUGCAGGGAACUGGAGAAAUGAAAGCCAUGGUAGAACGUUUGAGGCCUCUUGUGGGAGCUAAUGCUUGGGAUUACUGUAUUUUGUGGAUGCUAUCACAAGAUAAUAGGUUGUUGGAAUGGAUGGGCUGCUGCUGUGGAGGGAGAGAGAGAGGAGAGUCUUACCAAAGUGGAGAUUAUCCCACAGAUCAGCCAUGUAGAGAUAUUGCUACUUCCCCACACCAAAGAACAAGGGCUUGCGAUGAGCUCUCAGAAUUCCCUUCAUCCAUUCCCAUGGACGAUUGCUUAGCCUAUCUUCCAUCUUUCAGGAAUUAUGCAGAAACAUUGGUAUCAAACCAGUUCUCAUGGCAAACCAAUGUGAGCGACUCCUUCGGUUCACUUGAGAAGGAAGCUGCAAGGACCAGGGUAUUGAUUCCCAUUCCGGCCGGUGGCCUGGUUGAGCUCUUCGCUUGGAAACAUAUGGUCGAAGACCAACAAAGCAUCAACUUCGUCGUCUCUCAAUGCCAUCCUUCCCCCUACGAAUCCAUAACCCGCGCCGCCGCCAGUUGCCAAGAGCUCGAACCCCUCAACGACUGCCACUACCCACCACCCGCUGCCGACCACCAAACCCUUCCAUGGGACAUCACCUGCGACCAAUUUCGCCACUACAACUCAUCCCUUAUCGGAGCGUACGAGCAAGCACCGCUGAUGAUAAGUUGUGCAGAGAACUCGGAGGGGGUGGAAGUAGAGAAGGAUUUGGGGCUGGAUGGGAGUGAUCAGGGGGAGGAUGAGGAUGAACAGGGACGGGCCGGGCGAGGCGGAAAGCGGCAUCAUUCGAAGAAUUUGCUUGCGGAGAGAAAAAGAAGGAAGAAGCUCAAUGAUCGGCUCUAUGCUCUUCGUGCACUUGUUCCGAACAUCACAAAGAUGGAUCGAGCUUCAAUCCUGGGGGAUGCAAUCGAGUAUGUGAUGGAGUUGCAGAAGCAGAUCAAAGACCUGCAGAAAGAGCUGGAGGAAGCCACUCCUGAUGGCGAUGACGUUGCAAAACAGUUGGGAAGCAACAACAACAGUAACUGUCAGUUGGAGGUCUCAAACCCUAAUGAUGAUUCUCUAAAUAGCGCAAAGAUGGUGCCAUCGACGUUGGCUACGACCACUAAAACCCCUACCGAUGACAAAGGGCCGCAGAUGGAGCCUCUUGUUGAGGUGCGACCAGUGGAAGGCAAUGAGUUCUUUUUGAAGGUGUUUUGUGAACAAAGGCCUGGUGGAUUUGUGAGGUUAAUGGAGGCAAUGAGCUCCUUGGGGCUAGAGGUCACCAAUGCUAAUGUUACCACCUUCAAGGCUCUUGUACUUAAUGUUUUCAGAGUGGAGAAAAGAAAUAGUGAAGGAGUUCAAGCAGAGCAACUGAGAGAUUCAUUACUGGAAGUGACGAGAGAAGCAGGAGGAGAAUGGAUGGAAAUAGUCUCUAAUGAUAUCAUGAAAGAUUUUCACCACCACCAUGGUCGCCUCAAUGACCAAUACCAUCUUCAUUGAUUGCAUAUCUAUGAGUUAUUGUGGUAUUGAAUGUUUAUUUGCCUCAAUAAGUAGUGAAAUUAUGUUUGAUGUAAUGUAAUUGUUAAGGAGAGAAUAGUUUAUAAUAUCACAAGUUUAGAUUGGUUUCCCCAUAAGAUUUUAUUAAAGGGAGCUAAGUGGAUGUUGUGGUUACAUGCAUAUUUAUUUUUGUAAUGAUCAUUUUGUGUUGCAUGAAUUUUAUUGUAUCAGAACACGUAAAGGGAAUGUAGCUUUUCACA